AUGUCUUGCCUUGUCUGGUUCUCCACUCUGUGGCCCUCCUCAACCCUCAGCCUGCUGCUUCUCGGUUUGUUGGGCGGACAGCUGGGGCUGGAGCUGAUUCAGGCAACAGUGUGCUCCCAAUGGAGUGCACCAAGUGAGAAGAGUCUAUCCCAGGAUGGAGAUGUGAUUAUCGGUGGACUUUUUAACCUGUAUUACAUACCUUCAGCUGCAGAUCAAGGCUUCACUGAGCAACCACAUUAUGAGCCUUGCACUGGUUUAGAACUAGAGCCAUUAAAAUACUCCUAUGCUUUGGUGUUUGCUGUGGAGGAAAUAAAUCGCAACAAAACCCUGCUACCAGGAGUGAAGCUGGGUUACCGUAUCCUUGAUACCUGUACCUUAUACCCCUGGGCUCUGCAGGGUGCAAUGUCACUUGUUGGGGGAGGUAACUAUAUGUCCAAACCAUCAGGAGGUGGUUUGCAUGUUCCUUUGCUCAUUGCAGCUGCCUCGUCUACAACAGGCAUCAUGAUGUCCAGCACCCUGGGGCCUCUGUCUGUGCCGAUUAUCAGCUACUUGGCAAGCUGCCCCUGUCUUAGUGACAGGAUAAAAUACCCAAACUUCUUCAGAACAAUACCCAGUGAUAUUUACCAAUCUUGGGCCAUGGCAGAGCUGGCCAUACGCUUCCGCUGGACUUGGAUUGGAGCAGUGAUAGAAAACAAUGAUUAUGGUCAUCUAGCCAUACAGGUAUUUCAAAAAGAGAUUCAGGGGAAAGGCGUGUGUCUGGAAUUCAUCGAGACCCUCAAGGUGGAAACUAUUGCGACCGAUGCAAAACGAGCAGCACUCACGAUUGAAGCUUCAACUGCGAGGGUGAUUCUGAUCUUUUGCUGGUAUACGGAGGUGAAGAAACUACUUCUGGAAUUGGCCAGGAUAAAUGUGACUGACAGACAGUUCCUGGCUAGUGAAGCCUGGAGCACCAGUGAUGAUCUUCUGCAAGAUCUAACCAUUUCAAAAGUUGCCAGUGGGGUUCUUGGUGUAGCCAUUCGAAGUACAGCCAUCCCUGGAUUUGAACAUUUCCUAAGAAGUUUGCACCCAACUCAUCAUCCUAAUGAUGUUUUCUUAAGAGAGUUCUGGCAGAAGAAGUUUGGUGGAAAAGAGUCCCUGGCAAAUGUGCAGAACCACUUUACUGACACCUCUCGGUUAAGGGUGGCGUAUAAUGUCUACCUUGCUGUUUAUGCUGCUGCCCAUGCCCUCCACAGCCUCCUCUCCUGCACAGGGAGAGGCAACUCUUCCAGAAACGAUACCCACAACUGCACCUCUCCUAGACUUAUCAAGCCCAUGGAGCUGUUGCAGCAUUUAAGCAAAGUGAACGUCACCACACCACAUGGGGAAAGCUUUUACUUCCAAGGUGCUGACAUCCCAGCAAAGUACGACCUGGUCAACUGGCAGAGAACUCCUGAGGGGCCACUGAAACUUGUCUUGGUUGGCGGUGUGGAUGGGUUUAACCUCCGUCUUAAUGAGUCAGCUAUUCAGUGGAGCACAGGAUCCAGUCAGGUCCCUGUUUCAGUGUGCAGUGAGAGCUGCCCUCCAGGUACCAGAAAGGCCAACAGGAAAGGGGAGCCUCUCUGCUGCUUUGACUGUAUCCCAUGUGCUGAAGGGGAGAUUAGUAAUAAAACUGGCUCUCUUCAUUGUGAGCGAUGUCCACCAGAUUUCUGGUCCAAUGUUGAGCAAACGGCCUGCAUCCCUCGACAGCUGGAUUUCCUUUCCUUUAAUGAAACUUUGGGCAUUACUCUGACUACAGCGGCUGUAUCUGGUGCUGCAGUGACAACAGUUGUAUUUGUGGUAUUUCUUUAUUACCGUCAAACACCUAUGGUGCGAGCCAAUAAUUCAGAGCUGAGCUUCCUGCUUCUUGUGUCUCUGAAGCUCUGCUUCCUGUGCUCACUGGUCUUCAUUGGACGUCCAUCAGUCUGGUCCUGUCGCUUCCAGCAGGCAGCUUUUGGGAUCAGCUUUGUACUGAGUGUUUCCUGUCUACUGGUCAAAACCCUUGUGGUUCUUGCAGUUUUCCGCUCAGCUCGGCCUGGUGCUGAAACCUUGAUGAAGUGGUUUGGUCCCGGUAAACAGAGAGGAAGUGUCCUCUUCUUUACCUGUAUACAGGUCAUUAUCUGUGCCACAUGGUUAUCCCUGAGCCCACCAGUGCCUCGCCGUGAUCUGGGGUUCCGAGGGUCAAAGAUCACCCUUGAAUGUGCCAUGGCCUCUGUGGUGGGCUUCUCUCUGGUUCUUGGCUACAUUGGCCUGCUGGCCUGCACCUGCCUCCUCUUGGCCUUUUUUGCUCGUAAACUCCCUGACAACUUCAAUGAGGCCAAACUGAUCACCUUCAGCAUGCUGAUAUUCUGUGCUGUCUGGGUGGCUUUUGUUCCCGCUUAUGUCAGCUCACCCGGGAAGUAUGUUGUUGCUGUUGAAAUCUUUGCAAUCCUGGCCUCCAGCUAUGGCUUACUGCUCUGCAUUUUUGCCCCCAAAUGUUUCAUUAUUCUUUUGAGGCCUGAGAUAAACACGAAGAAAUACCUGAUGGCUAGAUAGUUGGCAUAGUUCUGACAAGAAUGUUUGACUGAUUAUUACACAUGCCAAGUGUGCCCCAUAUUUGUCCUCAUCAUAACGAAUAUGUUUGGACACAGAAUUAUAGUUUUGGCACAUACCCCUACACUUACAAAUCUCCCUUGAUGUUCUUGCUUCAAAUAGACAUGCACAAAAGAAUCAGACGUCAAUCUCCUGUAUAUUCCUAGCUUUUACACUGCUUGAGUAGUAAUAGGUAACCAUUCAGUUUUUGGAGGUACUCUUAAAAAGACUAAAACUUUUUGAUAUAUGUUGUAUCAA